GCACCAUCACAGUCUCAGGCGACAGUCACCAAAACCGGCAGUUUCCCAAUUUGCAUAUUUUGCCGUUUCUCUCUACCCCCCGGUUACCUUAUUAAGAACCCACCUCACUGUCUCCAUUACUCACCUGCUCUCAGUUACACUGACCAGGAAAUAUAGCCGUUGCUAUUUUCCUGGAAAAUAUAAGAGUCGGAAGGGUUGGAAAGAGAGCUUCGGAAAAGAGGAGUUUCCUGCGCAGAUCUGGUUUUUUGCUUCUUUCUGGGGCCUGUGAGCUUAAAAGGAUAAAUGUGAAGAGAAUACCGGAGAGUCGCAGAAACAGCUCGUUUUUGUUUAUUUUUGCUUCAGAGUGUGUUAGGUGAAACCAGAAGGAGGUAAAGAUGGGAGCUUUGUACAUUUUUUCUUGGAUCUUGCUUCUUGGUAUGGUGUUUUAUCAGGGAGCUUCAGACCCAGUUGAAGAUAAGCAAGCAUUGCUUGAUUUUGUUAACAAUCUGCGUCACUCGCGUUCUCUAAACUGGAAUGUGAGCACUGCUGUGUGCGGUAAUUGGACAGGAGUGACCUGUAGUCAAGAUUGUUCCCGUAUAAUAGCCGUGAGAUUGCCUGGAAUCGGAUUGCACGGUCCAAUUCCACCCAAUACCAUCAGUCGCCUCUCUGCUUUGCAGAUUUUGAGUCUUAGAUCCAACGGUAUUAGUGGGAACUUCCCUUCUGAUUUCCCAAAUUUGAAGAACUUGUCUUUCCUUUAUCUUCAAUACAACAAUUUCUCUGGUCCGCUGUCAGUGGAUUUCUCUGUUUGGAAGAAUCUAACCAUUGUCAAUUUGUCUAACAAUGGUUUCAAUGGAAGUAUUCCUACUUCACUGUCUAAUUUGACUCAUCUCCAGGGGUUGAAUCUUGCAAAUAAUUCGUUUUCUGGUGAGAUUCCUGAUCUGAGUUUGCCUAGCUUGCAACAGAUAAAUUUGUCUAACAAUAAUCUUAGUGGUAGUAUUCCGAAGUCACUUAGAAGAUUCCCACCUUCUGUAUUUGAUGGCAACAACAUUUCCCCAGAAAGUUCCCCUCGUGCAUCCCCCAUUCCUGCGCCCAUUGACAGACCACAUCCCUUGAAACCUAGGAGUGCUGGGAAACUUGGUGAAACUGCAUUGUUAGGAAUCAUAGUUGCUGCUUGUGUAUUGGGGAUUGUGGCAUUUGCAUUUUUGAUAAUUGUGUGCUGCUUGAGAAGAACAAGGGAGGAUGAAUUUUCAAGGAAGUUGCAAAAGGGUGAGAUGUCACCAGAGAAAGUGGUUUCAAGAAGUCAAGAUGCAAACAAUAGGUUGUUCUUCUUUGAGGGUUGUACCUAUGCAUUUGAUUUGGAGGAUUUGUUGAGGGCAUCAGCCGAGGUACUGGGGAAGGGGACUUUUGGUAUUGCUUAUAAGGCAGUACUAGAGGAUGCAACAACAGUGGUGGUUAAGAGGUUAAAGGAGGUAAGUGCUGGGAAGCGGGAUUUUGAGCAACAAAUGGAGGUUGUUGGAAGUAUUAGGCAUGAGAAUGUGGUUGAGCUGAAGGCUUAUUACUACUCCAAAGACGAGAAGCUGAUGGUUUAUGACUUUUACAGUCAAGGAAGCCUCUCUGCCAUGCUACAUGGUAAGAGAGGAGAUGACAGAGUCCCUCUAGAUUGGGAUGCCAGAAUGAAAAUAGCCAUAGGUGCAGCAAGAGGAAUUGAACGCAUCCAUAUGGAGAGUGGUGGCAAGUUUGUCCAUGGCAACGUCAAGUCAUCAAAUGUCUUUCUGAACUCCCAACAGCUUGGUUGUGUCUCCGAUGCUGGUCUGGCAACUAUAAUGAGUCCACUAGCCCCACCUAUCUCUCGAGCUGCAGGUUACCGUGCCCCAGAAGUGACAGACACCAGGAAAGCCACACAGCCUUCUGAUGUCUACAGCUUUGGGGUGGUCUUACUGGAGCUCCUUACAGGAAAAUCCCCCAUCCAUACAACUGGUGGCGACGAGAUUGUACACUUGGUGAGGUGGGUGCAUUCAGUGGUUCGAGAGGAGUGGACAGCAGAAGUAUUUGACGUUGAAUUGUUGAGGUAUCCAAAUAUAGAGGAAGAGAUGGUUGAGAUGUUACAAAUUGCAUUGGCAUGUGUAAUGAGGAUGCCAGAUCAAAGGCCCAAAAUGCCAGAUCUUGUGAAAAUGAUAGAAAAUGUCCGUAGGAUCGAUCCUGAGAAUCGUGCAUCUUCUGGAAACAGAUCUGGAAGUUCAACUCCACCACCUCCACCACCACCACCACCAGCAGAAGUGACUGACAGAGAACCCAAGUCUGAAGCUUCAUAAUUAGUGAGCAUUUCACCCAUUAGUUAUUUGAUGAUGUUUUUUUUGUCUUUUUCAGUGAACAACUACUCUCGUGGGUCUUCUAUUCAAAAAAACUAAUUUCAGUAAGCUAGAGGUAGAUCAGGUUGUGUGAUUCCUCUUGUUAUUGCUUGAACCUUUGUUAUGAAGAAAAUUGCUUGUAUUGAAUCUACUAUUUUAAGUCAACAUUUCUACUGUUAUCCCUGUAUUGGAGAUGCACUU